CGUAACGGCAAGUGUUUCGGUGUCUAUGAGUUGGGAAAACCGGUUCUCUAUCUCUCGGAUCCGGAACUCAUUCGCGAGGUUUUGGUCAAAGACUUCCAUAUAUUCACUAAUAGACGGGACACCCGUACGGGUGGUGACCCAAUAUUUGAACACCAAAUUUUCGUUACGAGAGAUUCCCAGUGGAAAAGGAUCCGCCCCGUAAUAUCGCCCACAUUUACGAUCGCAAAACUCAAACGAAUGACUCCUUUAAUCCUUGAAUGCGUGGACACUAUGAACGACAACAUCGACAAAAUCAUUGCCAAAAGUAAUGGCAAUCUCUCGGCACCGGUAGACAUUAAAAUAGUUACCGGUGCCUAUUCUAUGGAGUCUACUAUACAAUUGGCUUUCGGCCGGAAAGUGUCGGCUCUGGACGACCCAAAUAACCCUAUAAUAGAAAAUUCCCGAAAAAUUCUUAGCCCGAGUUUAUUAUCCAUGGUUAAAUUUUCAAUCAUAAUGUUUGCUCCAAAUGUGGCACAAAUGUUGAGAAUAUCGAUGUUUGAUAAAAGAGUUACGAAAUUUUUCCGCGAUUUUACACUCAAUCUGAUCGAUGAAAGGCAACGUGUUUUGGAAACGGGAAGUCCUGUAAAAAGGGUUGACUUUUUGCAACUAAUGUUGGAUUCAAUGAGAGAUAAUAAUGAAACGAUCGAUGGGUCUAACGAUUAUACGGAUAGUAAGAGUGCAGAGAAAUAUCGGGAAAUACAACCGACGGAUGAUAUGACAGAUAAGAGCCUUUCAUACGACGAGAUCAUAGCUCAAUGCACGAUGUUUUUAAUGGCCGGGUAUGAGAGCAUUGCCGCCACGCUAUCCAUGUGUUUGUAUACAAUUGCUAAACACCCGGAAGUCCAACAAAAACUAUACGAAGAAAUUCAUACAUUUCACGGACAAAAGAAAUCGAGUGCCGAUUCGUACGAAUCAAUAAACGCAUUGAAAUACAUGGAGGCAGUCAUCGACGAAAUACUACGGCUAUACGGGAACGCUAUAUUUAUAGAGAGGGUGCCCAACGAGGACUACGAGCUUAAGGGCACCGGUAUUACUGUCAAAAAAGAUCACGUGGUCUACAUCCCAACCUACGCCAUGCAUCGAGACCCGGAAUACUUUGCUGAUCCGGAGGCGUUCAGACCGGAAAGGUUUUUGACGGAAAACAUAACCCACAAUCCCUAUACGUAUUUGCCAUGGGGGGCCGGCCCUCGAAACUGUAUUGGCAUGAAAUUGGCUCAGUUGGAAAUUAGAUUGGCCCUGGUCAACCUGGUUCAUCGAUACGUGUUUCACACUGCAGACAAACCAGUUCAGUUUUUUGGGGCCAAUGGAGCACUUACACAGAAAUCUGUUUACUUGAAAAUUAUCCUGGGCGUGGAUGCGUUGAGUAUCAGCACCGGGAGGUUAGCUUCUCGCGACAUCUCACGGAGUGGAUCCAUAUAUGCGGACCCAAUGAAUAAUUAA